AUGGGCCCAAUCUCAGAGCAGACAGAAUCCCUCGAGGCCUUCAGUCAGGCGCUCCACGCCAAUUGGAUCAUCAAACAGCACGAUCUGACCGUGGAAUUGUAUGUCCAUGGCCUGGCCACCUUGCGCGCCAUUGCGACGGAUCCAGAAUUUGCUAGCUUCCACCAUCUGGAGGAGCCAUAUCUCAGCCGACUGCAUAUGGUGGCGAGUCUGGGCUGGGUGGAGGCAUUCAUUGAGAAUGGCAAAGUAGUGAAUGUCGCAGAGGAUGGGAAGCCUACGUAUAAACCGUCGUAUGCGGCCCUACUGGGCUCCAUCAAAGAUCGACUAAUCCGCAUAGCGGUAGCUCAUUACCGCCACCCUAACAUCCCCGAGGCGGAGUCCCACCGUUGGGCCACGGAGAAUCACUGUGCUAGGGCGGCCCAGAUCCACGCCAGACAUGGAAUUGAGGGAUAUGGCAUGGUGGAGUUUUAUUUGCGCAGUCUGGAGAGCCCGUUUGUGAGUGGGAACAAUAUCGUCGCCAACCUCAGCUGGGUAGAGGCAUAUGUGCAGAAUGGACAGGUCGUUAACUUGGGAUCUGAUGCCAAACCCACCUAUCCGAGCUUCGAUGUCCUCGCAGACUUUACUACCAAACGGCUCCAUUAA